GCUGCGGGAGGAAGUGGCUGCCGCUUGCGCUUCCCGGCCGGCGUUUUGCUCCCCGGCAGGGCGGAGGCGCACCCGCCUGCCUCCCGGUCCAGCUAGCUGAGACUCCCCAGAAGGAAGGAGGAUGGUCAACAUCGGAGACUUGCCCGAAGACAUCCUUCUGGAUCUGCUCUCCCUCGUCCCCGGAAGGGAUCUCCUCCGCAACUGCCGGCUGGUUUGCUCCCACUGGAGAGGCCUGGUGGAUCUGGGCACGCUGUGGAAGCGCAAGAGCCAGCGAGAGGGCUACCUUCCCAAGGAGCCAGACAGGAGCGUCCCAGAUUGGAAGAACUUCUACUUCCUCUGUAGUUUGAAGAGGAACUUAAUCAAAAAUCCUCUAGCCAAAGAUGGUUUUAACCACUGGAGACUUGACAGCAAUGAAGGAGAUGAGUGGAAGGUCGAAGAUCUUCCUGGAGCUCACGGAAGAGAAUUUCCCUUUCCGCAUGUCCAGAAGUACUUUGUCACAUCUUACGGGGCCUGUGUAAAGUCCCAGCUCAUCACCUUAAAGGAGGAAGGCUACUGGAAUGAGCUGAUGGACAAAGCCAAGCCGGAUAUCGUGGUGAAGGAUUGGUAUGCUGCCCGGUUUGAUUGUGGCUGCCAAUACCAACUGAAUGUCAAACUGCUCUCUGCAGACUACACUGUCCUGGAAGAGUUUAACCCCGAAGAGGUGGUGAUAGAGCAGUGGAGCGAUGCCGAAUGGCGUGAGAUUUCGUACACUUUUCACAAUUACCCUUCUGGCGUCCGCCACAUCCUUUUCAAACAUGGAGGCCAAGAUACUCAGUACUGGGCUGGCUGGUAUGGUGUCCGGGUAACCAACAGCAGUAUCACCGUUGGCCCGGAGGUGGCCGGGUGAGGAGGGAAAGAGAGCAUCGGUCCAAGGAGAGAGUGAACCCCCUUUGCAGCUCUUUUUGAUCUCUAGUGCAGUUGGUGGGUGACGGCUCCUCCCACCCCAUAAAUCUGCACAGCAGUUGCCUUUUGUAAUUUCAGGUGUCUUCUGCUUUCUCUGGAGUUGUCAGUUUGCACCCUGCAGUUGUGACAGGGGCAUUUACUGGCUCUUACAUCCGAAAAACACUUAACUUUUGGGCUUGUGGAGGGAAGCAGGCCGGAGGAGUGAGAGAGGAAGGGCACUGAACUGGCUUCAGGGAGCAAAAGGGUAAAGACUUCAGAUAUUGGGUGGGUAGAGCUUUGCCCCCACUGGGUCUCCUUUCAGAGAUGCGUGACAGACAAAACCACAAGCAAAAGCAGUCUCCUUGUCUUGGCUGCUGUUAAAGCCACAGGCAGUCUGUCGUGCCAACAGGGAUGAGGGGCAGGUGGGGGAGAAAGAGAAGGAGAAAAUAACUAUGCUGUUAUUUCUUUCCUCUGCCUGGUCUAGGGGUCAGUGCAGGGGCAGCAUCCCCCCCCUCCUCCCCGGUAGUGAUUGGGACCACUUUUUCACUGAAGAGUCCUGAUUGCUAAUAUUUUUCUUGUUCUUAUUCUUUGGGUAAGGAACAUCCUUCAGCAUAUAAAAAUUUGCCACUUGCCUGUUCUCUUUGGGAUGUGGAGGAAGAACAUUGUCUCACAGCAUUUUGUACCGGUGUGUAAAUAAAGAAAUCCAAUACCAA